UGUAUCAAGCACAUCAGCCGAUGGAAUAACGCAUCGCGUUUCGCAAAUAUGCGACUCUCAGCUGGUUGGACAUAAAUUAUUGUUUGUCGAAGUGACCGGUUCAUGUGUGUACAUGUGUUGCUGGAUAACGAUGGGGACCGAUACAAACACUCGAACAAAGGACUGCUCCUGGUUGGCUUUUUAUUUGGCUCUGCUGCUGCUGCUGGUCGGAAAACAGGCUUUGGCUCAGAUAAGGUACUCUGUUCCCGAGGAGGUACAAGACGGAACUGUUGUUGGAAAUGUUGCGAAGGAUCUUGGCCUUGACAUCACCUCUUUGAUUGCUCGACGGUUCCGUGUUGUGUCUGAAAGUAAGGACGCUAUUUUUGAAGUAAACCAGAAUAAUGGAGCACUGUACGUCAACAAGCAUAUUGACAGAGAGGAGCUGUGUCAGGGCAGCGGUGCAUGUCUCAUGGAGCUAAAAAUCCUUGUUGAAAGCCCUCUGGAAAUACACUAUGUAGUUGUAGAAAUUACUGAUGUAAAUGAUCACUCUCCUAGUUUCCCUGAAAAAGAACAGACAUUUGAAAUAGGUGAACAAACAUUACCGGGAAAGCGAUUUAAACUACACACCGCCCGUGAUCCCGAUGCUGGAAUUAACUCUAUUCGUACAUACACUUUGACAUUAAAUGAACAUUUUGAAAUAAAUAUCCGUCAGAGUGAUGCAGGUAAAAUGCCAUUUUUAGUGCUGAAGAAAUCGUUAGACAGAGAACAAAAGAACAAACACACGCUGCUGGUUACAGCAGUUGAUGGAGGCAAACCUCCAAGAUCAGGGACACUGAAUGUUUCUAUUAUUGUUCUUGACAGUAAUGAUAAUCGUCCAAUGUUUAGUCAGGAGAUUUACCAGAUUUCUUUACAGGAAAACCUUGCAGUUGGUUCUUCAGUCUUUAGAAUGAAUGCAACGGAUCUCGAUGAAGGCAUGAAUGGUGAAGUUGAAUUCAGCCUCGGAAAAACCUUGAGGCAGAAAGUUUAUGAUAUUUUUGAACUGGACAAAUUAACUGGAGAGAUUAGAGUUAAAGGGGCAGUGGAUUAUGAAGAAAACGAUGUAUAUGAACUGGAUGUAGAGGCUUCAGAUAAAGGAACACCCCCACUAGCGGGUGAGUGUAGAGUCAUUAUAAAAGUCACAGACGUCAACGAUAAUCCACCGGAAAUACAAGUGACAUCACUGUCAAAUACAGUGUCUGAAGACUCAAAGCCUGGUACAGUUGUUGCGCUUAUUAGUGUGAGGGAUAAAGACUCUGGUGUCAAUGGAAAAAUUAUUUCACUCAUAUCGAAUGACGUACCCUUUGAAUUAAAGCCCUCCUAUAAGGAGAACACGUACUCGGUUGUCACUAAACACGUUUUGGAUCGAGAGGAGGUGUCACAUUAUGAAAUAACAAUAAAAGCCACCGACUGUGGUGAACCUCCCUUAUCUACUGUUAAAACUCUCAGUAUUGAGAUAUCAGAUGUAAAUGACAACAGUCCACAUUUUGACCAAACACCUUUUGAGUUUUAUGUUGUAGAAAAUAACGUUGCUGGAAAUUCAAUAUUCUCUGUCAGCGCAAGGGACAAAGAUUUGAAUGAUAACGCAGCUAUUUCAUAUCAUAUUGUGAGAGAAAGGAGUCAGAGUGACGUCAUGUCUUUCCUAAAUAUAAAUUCAGAUAAUGGACACAUUUCCGCGCUAAAAAGUUUUGACUUUGAAACAGUGAAAACUUUCCAGUUCCAAGUUGUCGCCACAGAUUCAGGAACUCCGUCACUAAGCAACAACGUGACAGUGAACGUGUUCAUUCUGGAUCAGAACGACAACGCUCCAGUCAUCCUGUAUCCAGUCAGCUCCAACGGUUCUGCUGAAGGUGUGGAGGAGAUUCCCCGCAAUGUCAACGCAGGACACUUGGUGACUAAAGUCAGAGCCUAUGACGCUGAUAUAGGAUAUAACGGCUGGUUACUCUUUUCACUGCAGGAAGUCACUGACCACAGUCUCUUUGCUUUGGACCGCUAUACAGGACAGAUCAGAACACUUCGCUCAUUCACAGAGACAGACGAGGCUGAGCAUAAACUGCUCAUACUGGUCAAAGACAAUGGCAACGUUUCACUCUCAGCAACAGCUACUGUCAUUGUCAAACUUGUGGAGCCCAGAGAGGCUUUUGCAGCUUCUGAUGUUAAAAGUGCAACUAAAGUUGACGAGGAGGACAAUGUGACAUUUUACCUCAUGAUAACUUUGGGCUCAGUUUCUCUACUUUUUAUCAUCAGUAUCAUCGUGCUGAUUGCAAUGCAGUGCUCCAAAUCCACAGACUAUACUUCCAAAUAUCUACAAGAGGCUAAUUAUGAUGGGACACUGUGUCACAGCAUCCAGUACAGAUCUGGAGACAAACGCUACAUGUUAGUUGGACCCAGGAAUGAGUAUAGGAUCUACUAUAGUCCCUGGCAGCCAUGCCAACACACUGGUGAUGCCUGA